GAAUUCCUAUUGUGUUUAGAAACAGGAAAGGAAAAACAAGCACAAGUUUCUCUUCUGCACACUUCCAGUUACUGUGCGAAGGAAUCAACAGAUAAACUCCAGAAGACCUUAAAGUAAAAAUAAAAAGAGCAGCUUUCCAUGCAAUUUCUUGGAACUGAAAUAAAAAACUGCAAGAGCUUUUUGUGGGAUCUCCCUGCUGAUUGACUCUCGUUUCCGAACUGUCAAUUACUUCACGUUUCAUUAAUCAGAACAAGGAAUUUCUUGCAUGAUGUGACUUCCAGCCUGUGAAUAAAUAUUGCUUUAGAGAAUGGGAGAGAAUGGAAUCUGAGAGGAAUUUCAAGCACUGAACAGAGGGUGAGUUUUAUUAAGCGGUUUCUUCUCUUUCAAAUCUCCUGGAAUAGUAUGUUUCUCUAUUAACGUCCUGCCUUCAUACACAGCAGCCUGAUGACUUGCCUUUUGCUGCAGCUUGUUGCAUACCUUGCAAGGUUUUACUGAUGGCAGGUUUAUUUCUGUAACCUUUCCCAACAUUGCUCAGAGCCAUUUGAAAGAGCUCUGACUUGCUGCCACAAAUAAACUAGAACAAUAAAGAUUUGGAAGCAAACUAAUAUUUCCUUUUAAAGAAAAUAUUCAAUACAAUGAAAAUGGCAGGUGACUCCAGAUUUCCAGAUUUGGACAGCAAUGGAUCAGAAAAAAAUGAAGACAUAGAAAUUAUCGUCAAUGUUGGUGGGGUGAGACAGGUGCUAGAUGGAGAUAAUCUGAACCGAUAUCCUGGAACAAGACUAACAGAGUUGAUCAACUGUUUGUCAGGGGGAUAUGAUACUAUCUUUGCUCUCUGUGAUGACUAUGAUCCUGGGAAAAGAGAGUUUUACUUUGACAGAGAUCCAGAUGCUUUUAAAUGUAUUAUUGAUGUAUAUUACUUUGGAGAAAUUCACAUGAAGAAAGGGAUAUGCCCUAUAUGUUUCAAGAAUGAAAUGGAGUUUUGGAAAGUGGACCUUAAAUUCUUGGAUGACUGCUGCAAAACUCAUCUGAGUGAAAAAAAGGAGGAGCUGGAAGAAAUAGCCCGAAGAGUACAGCUGAUUUUGGAUGAUUUGGGAGUAGACACCUCUGAAAGUCGCUGGAAAAGAUGCCAAAAAUGUAUUUGGAAAUUCAUGGAGAAACCAGAAUCAUCCUACCCAGCUAGAGUAAUUGCAGUUUUGUCCUUUCUAUUUAUUUUAAUCUCCUCUGUAGUCAUGUGUGUGGGGACCAUCCCAGAACUCCAGAUAGUCGACUCUGAGGGAAAUCAUGUGGAACACCCAACUCUAGACAGCAUUGAGACAGCUUGCAUCGGGUGGUUUACCCUGGAAUAUGUACUCAGACUCAUUUCUUCUCCAAAUAAACUGCACUUUGCUCUGUCUUUCAUGAACAUCGUUGAUGCUUUUGCAAUACUCCCCUUCUAUGUCAGCCUGAUUUUGACCCACUUAGGUGCCAGACUGAUGGAGUUAACUAAUGUUCAACAGGCUGUUCAAGCACUUCGGAUCAUGAGGAUUGCAAGAAUUUUCAAGCUCGCACGCCACUCUUCAGGGCUGCAGACUUUAACAUAUGCUCUUAAAAGGAGCUUUAAGGAGCUGGGGCUGCUUCUUAUGUACUUGGCUGUUGGUAUUUUUGUCUUUUCUGCCCUUGGUUAUACCAUGGAACAAAGUCACCCUGAGACUUUAUUUAAAAGCAUCCCCCAGUCGUUUUGGUGGGCAAUCAUAACCAUGACCACAGUUGGAUAUGGGGACAUAUAUCCCAAGACAACCCUAGGGAAACUCAAUGCUGCCAUCAGUUUCCUUUGUGGGGUGAUAGCGAUAGCACUUCCUAUCCACCCCAUUAUCAACAACUUUGUCAGAUACUAUAAUAAGCAGAGAGUUUUAGAAACAGCUGCCAAGCACGAACUAGAGCUGAUGGAACUGUACUCAGCUGUGGGAAAAGCUGGAGCCCCCCAAAAUGAAUUAGAAGACCUUAUGAGGGAAUGCAAAGAGGGUCCUUCGUGUAGCGGCCGUCUAAAAGUCUCCCACAGUGACACUUUUAUUCAUCUUCUGUCAGAUGAGAAACAUUACAGGACCAGGCUUCAAAGCUGCAAAUAAACUGAUCUGUUGGCACUACUAAGCUUCAGACUGGGACAAACUGACAGUCUACUAAAAUGAUUAGAGGGAUCUGCCUGUAUUGGGACUGGGCAUUGCCUUUCUUUUCCAAACAUGAAUAUAAAAUAACCCCAUGGCACCUUCAUCAGAGUUUGGUAAGACAUUGCUUUUAUUACAUAAAAUAUUACUAAUCAAUUAAGAUCUGACUGAUUACGAAGAAUGCAUCCUGCCAAAUUCCAUUUGAGACUACUUCCAAGAUUGAAAAUUGCUUCUCAAUCAGUAAAUGUGUGAUGUUUGGAUA